CUAAACUCAUAACCCAUAACCAACCUCCAGAUUUCCUCGUCAGUCGUCGUCGACCGAUACCACACCUUUUCACCGCCUUCCCUCCCCAGCAUCUCUCUCUCAAAGUCUGCAAUUCCUUUGAACGUCAAAGUUCCAAACCUCUUGUCUUCCAGAACCUCCAAUUUUGCGGAUUUCCAUAACCCAAUUUUACCGAGCUCAGAUCUGGACGCCGGCGAGGGAUUGAAACUGACGUCGCCGGAGAAAAGAGGGAUUGGGAGUGGUCGGGAAUGAGAGUAGGUCGCCGGAGAAGUAACGGACUGCGGGGGUUGCUGGAGAAAGAAGGGUUGAGGAAGACGGCAGGGUGAUUGGUUACAAGAAAAAGCAAGUGUUUGAUUGAGUUUCACUUGACAGGUGGAACAAUUUUAUUGGACCACAUAAGUGGUCAGCUUGUCAGUGUUAUCCUAGUUUUACUCGUCUCGUGGGUUUGUCUUUGCUUCGUUUGUCAUAAAUAAUGGGCUCCAAGCGGCCAAUUUAUAUCUGAGUUCGCCCUCUUCUUGCCACAAGCCAAAAACCCUUGCUCCCCUUAAGCUUUUUUGCCAAUUUUGAUACAUUUAUAUUCUCUUUUACCAUGUGUAGAGGAAGUCUCUUACUAGUUCCAUAUGGAGCCCUUCUUCUACUCUUUCUUCUUCCCUUUAUUUGUUCCCAAACAUCGAUACCUGAAAAUAAUUCUGAUUGUACUCUUUCUUGUGGCAAUAUUGGCAUAAGCUCUCCAUUUCGGUUAAAGGGAGACCCUCAACACUGCGGCAACCGUACGUAUGAGCUAACUUGUGAGGAAAAUGUUACGGUCCUGUACUUGUAUAACCGAAAGUUUUACGCCAAGGCGAUCAAUUACAAUAACUUUACAAUCCGUGUUGUGGAUGCUGCUGUUCAAAAGAAAGAUAACUACUACUCCAUCCCGCGUUACUCCUUAACCCCAUCCAACUUUAGUUAUCCGAAUCCUUACAGCAAUUAUCUACCCCGACUGACGUGGAGUUCAAAUAGACCGGACGCAAGUUCUAGUUACACGACAUGGCCUAUAAUUUUUAUGGACUGUCCAAAACCGAUGCAUUCUCCUGGCCUUGUAGAAACAGCUCCAUGCGUCAAGGACGGCACCUACUCUUCCAAUUCUUCUUUGUCCAAUGGUUUAAGAAUGUUUUCUUAUUCCAUCCUUGGCUGGAAAGGCUCCAUAAGUUCAUUGGAUUUGGGGGAGUCCUGUGAAAUAACGCAGAUGCUUAUGGUCUCACCUUCGUUAUCCGUAGAAGACAUGCAUGAACACUUGACGUCCUGUGAAGGCAUAUAUAGUGAAAUAGCGCAUGGCUUCGAGCUUUCAUGGUUUUACCAGGCUUGUAGCACCUCAAACUGCAGAGAGUGUGUGCUCAACAACGUGAGCAAAAUUGAGUGCCUUCGCUACGAAGGACAUUGGUUCGCCAAUAUCUUGCUGUCCAUACUAGAGGUACUAGGACUAUUCCAAGUAGUCAAAUUUUUAUUUGGCUUUCCCUGUUUAAUUGCAUUAAUAGUAUACAAAUGCAAAAGGAGGCACUUGUCCAUGUAUGAAAAUAUAGAAGACUUUCUGCAGAAUAAUCAGCUCAUGCCAGUAAGGUACUCUUACUCGGACAUAAAAAAGAUGGCCAGAGGUUUUAAGGACAAGUUAGGGGAAGGUGGCUUUGGUUCUGUGUACAAGGCAAAGCUUCGCAGUGGCCGUCUUGUAGCCAUCAAGAUGUUGGGCAAGUCGAAAGCCAACGGGCAGGAUUUUAUCAAUGAAGUUGCUACCAUCGGAAGGAUUCACCAUGUUAACGUGGUGCAACUUGUUGGUUUUUGUGUGGAGGGUUCAAAGCGUGCUCUUGUAUAUGACUUCAUGCCUAAUGGGUCUCUUGAUAAGCACAUAUUUUCUCAACAAGGAGUUAUCUCCUUAAGUUGCGAGAAAAUGUUUGAAAUCUCACUUGGAGUGGCUCGUGGUAUUGAAUAUUUGCAUCGAGGAUGUGACAUGCAAAUUUUGCACUUCGACAUCAAGCCUCACAACAUUCUUCUCGAUGAGAACUUUCUUCCGAAGGUUUCAGAUUUUGGGUUAGCAAGGCUAUGCCCAUUGGAUAAUAGCAUUGUGUCUUUGACUGCAGCGAGAGGAACCAUCGGAUACAUGGCUCCAGAGUUAUUCUACAAAAACAUUGGAGGUGUUUCGUACAAAGCUGAUGUCUAUAGUUUUGGGAUGCUACUGAUGGAAAUGGCUGGAAAAAGAAAGAACUUAAACGCAAAUAUAGAACACUCGAGCCAAAUAUACUUUCCGACGUGGGUUUUCAACCAGCUGAGUGGAGGAAAUGACCUUACAAUCGGAGACGCCACAGAGGAGGAAAAGAAAAUCAUUAAGAAGAUGAUCAUUGUGGCAUCGUGGUGCAUACAAAUGAAGCCUAGCGACCGUCCUUCUAUGAAUAAAGUUGUAGAGAUGCUUGAAGGAGAAAUUGAGAGCCUUCAAAUGCCGCCAAAGCUUUUCUUAUACCCACAACAAGUGCCAGAGGUGGUUACUGGCGGCAGUUCAAGUACCGCAUCAGCUGCAUCGAGGACAACGACAACAUCUACAGAAAUUGUUUUGAUUGCAGAUGAAAAUUCAGAGAGUUAAUAUAGCUAGUAGCAAUGUUAAUGUGCAAAGGAACGUUUAGUGUACCCAAUAAGCACAAAUAGACUACUUGAAUUUAAUGGCAUUUGCUUUCUGGUUUUCA